AUGUCUUUCUACAAGGAUUGGUCGAUGUUCAAAAUGAGUUGGUCUUUCCAGAUUGGCUCUACUAGAGAAGACAUCGAAUCUAUCGACCCACUUCAGAAAACAGCAGAAUCUCAGCAGAAAAUUAGCAACCAAAUCAGCAAGACUAAGGGAAAGCUGAUCAGAAGAAAUCAGACUAGCAAAGAUCGAGUAACACUCCAUCCCCACCCAGCAGUCAAGCUCUUCGGCCAAUUUCUGAUGAUUGAUGUCGAUUUCCAUCCCGAAACUGGUCAGGAGUCUACACACGUUCCAACUCUCAUGGAAGUUCUCCCAGAGUAUGACAACUUCACACGCUUUAUUCAUAUCAGAUUCCACGACGAGCUUUCAGAUAUAGACACUGACGAGGGUUAUCAACGCAGAGAGGCUAUUCAGAGUAUCAUGUCUGUGUUGAAUGAUUUUCAAGGGAUCUGGAGCUUCACUGCCGUGAGACGCAUAGAUAAGCAUAAUUCUACUCAGGUGAUAUUAGUUAGUACGCGUGAGCUCUGCAUACCCUUGGAUAAGAUUGCUAGCUCGGCUUCAGACAUCGGACACUAG